CGAUAUCGAUACUCUUGUUGGUGCUGCCGUCGUCGUCGUCGCCGUCGUCGUCGUCGCUGUUGUUCACGUCCGGUGACCGUUGUGAACAGGAAGAGCUUAGCGUUCCAGUACAGGCUCAGACCGCGGUCGGUUUGGUGGCUGGUCUGCACGUCCUUACGGCCAGUUUGCGUCAAAAAAAAGAGGAAGGAGCCCAGACUGAGCCCGACGAGCUUGUCACUGCGUCAGACCUCCCAACAUGUCUCGGGGCACCUCGGCCGGCUAUGACCGUCACCUGACCGUCUUUUCUCCUGAAGGACGCCUGUAUCAAGUUGAAUAUGCCUUCAAGGCCAUCAACACGGAGAAUGUGACCAGCAUUGGCAUCCGCGGCAAGGACUGCGCCGUUGUGGUCACCCAGAAGAAGGUCCCGGAUAAACUCAUUGUGGCCGACACGGUCACCCACAUGUUCAAGAUUACGCCUCACAUCGGCUGCGUCAUGACGGGCAUGAUUGCCGACGCACGUCACCAGGUGCGCCGUGCGCGCUACGAGGCGGCCGAAUGGAAAUACAAGUUUGGCUACGAAAUUCCCCCAGAUCAAUUGGCCAAGCGCGUGGCAGAUUUGUCGCAGCUCAACACGCAAGAGGCCUCUCUGCGCCCGCUUGGUUGCUCCAUGAUCUUGGUGGGCAUCGAUGAGGAACGCGGUCCCCAGCUGUUCAAGUCAGACCCUGCCGGCUACUACGUGGGCUACAAGGCCUGUGCAGCAGGUGUCAAGAUGGUUGAGGCCAACAACUUGCUCGAGAAGAAGAUGAAGAAGAAUCCCGAUCUUGCGGGUGUUCGCUGCAUUGAGGAGGCCAUUUCUUACCUCAGCACGCUUCUCUCACAAGACUUCAAGCCCAGCGAGAUCGAGGUGGGCGUGGUCACCAUCGACCAGCCCAAGUUCCGAACCCUCUCGGAGCAAGAGAUUGAAGCGCAUCUCAACGCCAUCGCUGAGCGCGAUUGAGCAAGUCCAAGGGCACCGCGUGCGGGCUUAAUGUUUUCCAUGUCACCUGUUUGCUAGUGUUGCUUGUUCCAGUGUUUUCCUUUACGCCCCACUCCGAUUCUCACCUCGGCGCCAUGCGCACAUUGUGGUGCAACGACUCUGCAUAAAAAAGUUGAAAUGAAUAAC